GCGAUAAUCACAGUCGACAACCACAUAGAAAAAGAGGUCUCAGCAAGGAUAGCUGCGGGAAAUAGAGCAUUAUACUCUUCUUCAAUAUUAUUAAGAUCGAAGCUGCUAAAAAUUAAAUCUAAAUUAACAUUGUACAAGUCGAUUAUUCGCUCAAUGAUUACAUAUGGCAGUAAAACAUGGACUCUUAACCAGCGGGAAAUCAAUAAGCUUUUAGUAUUUGAAAGAAAGGUUCUCAGAAUAAUAUUUGGUGCCCAAAGAGAUGAAUUCACAGAGAAUUGGAGAAGACGUCGCAAUGCUGAAUUGGUGACUCUGUAUGGAACUGAAAACAUAGUUAGACAUAUCAAGGCAAACCGAAUAAGAUGG